AUGCCGCCCAACGUCGAGUGGAUUCGCAACGACAUCGACCGCCUCAUCCCCUUGCUGGAGAAAAAGUAUCCAAACAAGGGCACACUAUGCAAUAAAUACACCCCGUUGAUGACCGUGUCCAAACAACAGGGGUGGAUGGAGUCAUACAACCGAUACUAUCAUAGCUUCUUGAUCGCAAAAACAGCGCAAAUCUCUCAAGCAGGAUCGCAAAAAGCCACCCAAAAGGAAGAAACGAAUUGGAUCGACAUGGGCGAGAUCAAACUGAAGAUGGAAGAGCUAGGAAGGCGCAUAAGACGCCAAAUCCUCCCCGAGUUCCGCGCGAGCCGGAGACCGCUCGGUCAAGACGAGGUGAAGUGUGUUUUUCAACACCUCGUGCUGGCAGCAAACGUCCUCGAGCCCCCCAAACGACGUGAUUGGGGUAACCUUCCAAUUCGGAAGCUGGACGGCACCUUCUACAAUGAAGCAGCGAAGGCCCUAUAUGAAGAGUUUGGCAACGAACUGGUCGAGAAAGCCACCGAUACAUAUGUCAUGGUCCUGAAGACGUUCAAAACUGCCAAAAAGUUCGGUUUGCAGGAGUUCGAGUUGCCAAAAAGGCUCUCACACUACAUCCAGCGCUCGAUUGAGCUAGUUCCCAGGGCCUAUUUUGUGACUUUGCUGAGCGACCUCGGCCAGCCCAUGGGGGAUAAUUAUUGGACGCAGUUCAUUCGAGAGAUUCCAUUUUCCAAGGGCCGCCACCUCACGACGAACCAUCUGCGGCACGUUUUCGUGACCGAUAGAUACAACAAAGACGCCUCACUCUCCGAUCGACAGUCCGUUGCUGGAGAGAUGAUGCAAACGACCAACGCCACUUGCUCUCUCAAGCCUACCAUCGACGCGCCUGCACUCGAGACCCCUGAGGCGGAACCCUCCGCGGAGGAGGCAGCGACCCACGGCGCCCAUGAUAUCCGGCUGGUGUCCACUCCCCCAUUGGACAUCAAGCAAGAGAUUCUGCGCCUUGCUGACCAUGGUUUGUACGGAAUCCCGGUGCACAUCACAAUCGACUCACGAGGCAAGAAGCGGAGCCGGUUCCCUUCCACUUACAAACACAUUGUCACCGUGGGCGAUUGGCAGGAACACAUCGGCGCAGUGCUCGAUGCAUUUGAAAACCCCAAUGGAGUGGCCAUACUGAUCGGCACAUUUGUCAUCGAUAUCGACGUGGGAGAGAGCAGUGAUAAGAAGUCGGGGAUGGACUAUUGGCACGGGCAAGUGAUGGAGCAUGGGGAGCCUGAGACACUCUCUGUUCGCACAGGCUCCGGAGGCCUCCACUACUACUUUCGGCUCGAUGAAACGACCGGCUUGCAUGAAACUACCAACUUUGCUGGACUCACGCUCGAUGUGCAAAAGUUCGGCGUCGACGGACGCGGCAUGGGAGGGGUAAUCUUUGCACCGCCAAGCACGUAUGGAGAUGGAACGGAUCGCGAGUACACGUGGGUGACCGAAGACAAUGGUAAGAUCAACGGUAUGCCCCCGUGGCUUGUGAGCUUGAUCAACCGAGGGCGCGCCUCGGAAGGGGUCUUGAGGCAUGCAAAGGGCCGAGUGUCUCAUGACAAGGAAGUCGAUCUCGAGGAGAUCGAGCCAGAGGCCGUCGACGACGCAGAGGCUGGCGGGCCUGCAACCAAGGCGGCUCCGGGCUCGGCACACGAGGAAGUGAAGCAAUUGGUGAGGGAGAGAGGCAAGGAUCGCCAUUCUUUCUACACCGGCUCGACCGUCCUACCGGACGGCAACAGAUCCUUUCAGUUCAGGGUCAAGGGGUCGCGCCAAUGCUACCUGGGAAAAUUGCACAGAGGGUCCAACAACUUUACGGUGAUUCAAGGGUGCACCGGUGAUUUCCAGGAGUUGUAUUACAAUUGCUUCGGGUCCGGUUGCUAUGGGAGCAAGCCGAAGCUGCUGGGACGUCUCACGAUAGCGGGUGCUCUUGAGCAAGCUGGGGGUGGUGCUUUUGGACCCAAGGACCAUCAGCCGUCGAGCCUCACUAAGCUGGCCGCUAGGUUCUCCGACCCGUUCAUGCUGUCAAACGUGAGUAGUAAGAGCGAUUUUGGUAGUGCUUUGAUAUUCAGCAAACUUUUCGAGCAUGACAGGCGGGUGGUGUACGACUCGGGGAGAUUCUGGACUCCCGGGCCUCGGAGAGUGCGGACGAAGAGCGAGAAGGGCGUCUUGAAGGGCAUUCAAAAGGCGGAGAAGGCUAUCAUGGCAGACUUCGACAUGGAGAUGAAGAAGAUACCCGAACCGGUGUGGCGUGGGGCAGCGGUCGAGUCUGUUCCCAUCGCUCAAAGGUGUCAGCACUCAGAAGGGGCCGCCACGCCGCACCUUCUUAUGCUCGAUGGAGCGCAUAUUGCAGUCCUCGAAGAGACUGAGGACUCGGAUAUUUACAAUGGAGCAUCGGUGAAGGCGAUCGCGUCCGGCGAUGGGAGCAUGACGGUAAGGGGGUUGCACAAGGACCCCGUCGAGGUCACCAUGAGGUGUUUGCCGAUCAUAUGCACCAACUCAUUGGCAAAGUUCAACGCAGGAGAUACGGGCACCCUCAAUAAGCUGAGGAUUUUUCCGUUUGAGCACGAAUUCGUUGAGAAUCCGAGGCCUGGAACCAACCAGAGAUUACGAGACACCGAUCUCAUGGAUAAGAUCAAGAGCCCCGAAUGGAGGAAGCAGAUGCUGGCUUGGUUGGUGCGUGGCAGCAUGAUGUGGUACGAGCGGGGCACUCUACCGACGGUCGAAGAGUUGCCUGCGGCCAUGGGCAAGGCGCUCGAGAGCUACUCAAAUGACAACGACCACUUUGGGAACUUCAUCAUGGACAGAUGCAUCAUACAGCCGAGCGAGAGGUGCCACGUGAGGCCACUAAAGGAGGCGUACGAGAUGUACAUGGGCAGGCUCCAACGGCCCAUGAUCGAGAAUGACUUCAAGACAUUGAUGCGGACACUCAUUCCGAAUGGGGUCGUGUACUCGCUCGGAGUAAAAAUCAAACGAAUCAACAGCACUGGAUACAAAGGUAUAGGUCUGCUCGAGCCGACCGAAGAAGAGUCGGAAGAGGAACAAUAG